GCUGACCAUCACCGGCUGCAGCUCGCAUCGUUGGGGCAUCGGCACUGGCACCACUACCCGGAGUGGCGUGUGGAGCUACACCUUCAUCAACAGGGACUCCAGUCACACCAUGACCAUCACCGAUGGCACCGGCUCCUGGGUCUUGACGACCCAUGCCUAUGUGCACGCGUACUGCGAUUCGGAUGGCGGCAGCAACCGGCUCCUGUUCACCUCCACGCGCUUGCCCUCGCUGACGGUCACCGACGGCUUGACGCUCACCAGCGGCAACUUCGACGCCUCGGCGAGUAGCGGCACCUUCGCCACCAGCACCGGCGCGGUGUCCCUCAACGGCGCCGUGACCGCCAGCAGCGGUCUGACCUUGUCGAGUGGCGACUUUGACGCCUCGGGCAGCACCGGGGCCUUUCAGACGAGCACCGGCGCGGUCACGUUGAAGGGGGCAACCACCGCAGAGUCAGGUGUGACGAUCACCUCUGGCAACUUCGAUGCGUCAGCUAGCACUGGCCACUGGGGGCCGGAGGAGUACUCUCGCGCUGAGUUGGAGGUCUUGCCCCGAGGGGCUGUCGUGGAGGAGAUGGAGAUGAAGGGCAACCGGCUCCGCUUCACCCGACUUUCAGGCAGAGGCCCCUACACCGGCUGGGUGGAUGUCAGAGAAGGCAACCGCGAGUUGCUGGUGAAGGUCGAGAAAAAGGGCAUCACGCAGGCCGCGUACACGGAGGGGGACCAGGGGGACCUGGACGGCACUGCGAAGCGGAAGAAGAACGAGGAGAAAAUCUCCUGGCGCCCACAGCCAGCGGCGCCUGAGGUGAAGGCGGUGCCGCCUGGCUAUCCCCGACCUGGCCGCUUUUGGAAGGUGGUGGGAGCACCAAAAGAAGGCUUGACGGUGUGGCAGGGGGUGUCUGAGACAUCCCCCAAAUGUCCUGGCACCCUGCCCAUGGGAGCCGUGGUGGAAGAGGUCCAGGUGGUGGGGAACCGCCUUAGCUUCACGGACUUCUCCAUGCGAGGCCCGCCCAGUGGUUGGGUGAACAUCCAGGAGAUGGGCCGGGACCAGCUGGUGGUGGACCUGGAAGGUUUGUCCACUCUCAACAUCGCCGAGGCGCGCCUUUUUGUUUUUCUUUUCUCUCGUGAGGUUGUGUUUUUGUUUUGUUCUGUUUUGUUUUUUUUUUUGGGGGGGGGAGUUCGAGGGAGCGAUUCCAGCAGUUCGAGCGGAAUCAUGAGAACGGGCUUAAAACAACAACCAACCGAAAUCGAAGGAAGAACAAGGGGGGAAGCAAACCCUUCGAACAAUUCAACAGGAGGGAAACACACAUCUACUGGUUUAAAUCAAGGAGGAAGUUGA